CCAAUAAAUUACCGGUGCCAGUGGGUGUAGUCGAGCGGCGACUUCGAAUACGAUCGCUGUAACGACAAAUCGUUAUCGUUCGUCUGUUGUAGAAAAUCGUCGUCACGUCGUAUUCGGGGCCGAAGCCUGGUUUCGACAUCCAUUACUAAUGGCGUUUUCCUCUCUUCUAUCUCCGGUUUCGUGGCAUUCUUCUUUCACUUGCAAUUCUGAAGCGGGCUCUCUGUGUUUUGCUACCUUCGAUUGUCCAAGUCCUCAGCGAAGGCGAAGCUUUAGCAAGUUCAGGGGUCUGAAUUUCCACCUUCCGCCCUUGAUUUCGGCUUCAAGAACGGUGGCCACCGCUGCUGUGUCACCGGCAGCAGUUGCAAAUUCGGCCGCGCCAGUUACUUCAUUCACUAAUUUGAUUGAAUCUCUGAUUAAUCGCGUGGAUUUGUCGGAGGAUGAAGCGGAGGCGUCUCUUCAAUAUCUUCUCAACGAUGCCAGCGAGGCAUCAAUUAGUGCUUUCCUCGUGUUACUCAGAGCCAAAGGAGAGACUUAUGAAGAAAUUGUGGGACUUGCAAGGGCGAUGAUCAAGCGUAGUGUGAAAGUGGAUGGCUUAUUUGAUGCCGUUGACAUAGUUGGAACAGGUGGAGAUGGAGCAAACACAGUAAACAUCUCAACUGGUGCUUCAAUACUUGCUGCAGCAUGCGGCACAAAGGUUGCAAAGCAAGGAAACCGUUCGAGUUCUUCAGCAUGUGGAAGUGCUGAUGUCUUAGAGGCACUUGGGGUAGUUAUUGAUUUGGGACCUGAGGGAGUUGCCAAGUGUGUUGAUGAAGCUGGAAUGGGCUUCAUGAUGUCUCCCAAAUACCAUCCUGCAAUGAAGAUUGUCAGUCCUGUCAGGAAGAAGCUAAAAGUAAAAACUGUAUUUAACAUACUGGGCCCUAUGCUCAAUCCGGCUAGAGUUCCUUUCGCUGUUGUUGGUGUAUAUUCUGAGAACUUGGUCCCCAAAAUGGCUAAAGCACUGCAACUAUUUGGCAUGAAAAGAGCAUUAGUAGUUCACUCGGAGGGCUUAGAUGAGAUGAGUCCCCUUGGACCAGGACUUAUUCUUGAUGUAACACCUGAAAAGGUUGAUAAGUUUGCCUUUGAUCCAUUGGAUUUUGGCAUCCCUCGUUGCACUAUAGAUGACCUUCGAGGUGGAGACCCCGAUUAUAAUGCAGAGGUCUUGAAGCGCAUUUUAUCUGGGGAAGAGGGGCAUAUUGCAAAUGCACUUAUCCUUAAUGCUGCUGCUGCCCUUCUGGUUAGCAGCAAAGUGACCACAUUGGCCGAGGGAGUUAAGUUGGCUCGUGAAACUCAACGGUCUGGAAAAGCCAUGAAGACUCUUAAUUUGUUGAUUGAACUCUCCAAUAAUCUAAGAGAAGCAUAGGAGCGCUUACAAUUGAGCUGCUGAGUAAGAUUAAGAAGACUGAGAACUUAUCUUUUGAAUAUCAGACAAGUUUGAAAGAUGAAUUUCCGUCAUUUAUAACUGCAUCCGACAGCUUGAGUUUACCAUCUU